AUGCCGUGCAUUUACCUUCCAUUUCGAAAACGUCCCGACCCAAAAGACCCUUCUGCCGGUUUCCCAAAAGCCCACAAGUACGAUGGCCCACUCCAGGAGGGCUCACAAGGCUGCGUCGAGCAAUGGGCACACAUCUUAACCAACACCAUUAUCGCAGUAAAGGUAAUGGCUUAUACCCACCCAAAUUCCCCUGAGAUCCAAAUCCUUAGCAACCUGCCACCCCACAACUCCAUCGUGAGAUACCUCGGGCACUACGAAAAGGUGCCAUCUCCGACCCGAGUAUCCAUUCUCCUCGAACACUGCUCCAUCGGAGACCUCUACAUGCUCCGAAGCCUAAGCAUCGACCAAAACAAACCCACCUUCUCAGAACCCUUCAUGUGGUCCGCCUACACCCAACUCACUAGCGCCCUCACCUUCCUCCACCACGGCAUCUCCCCCCAGCACCCCUUGGGCCGCCACCCCUGGACGCCCAUCGUGCACCGCGACCUAAAAUUCGAAAACAUCCUCGUCAAAUCCCUCGAUCCCGCGCCCGACUGGUCCUCCCUGGACCUCAAACUUGCAGACUUCGGUAUGGCAGGAUAUCACAACCCAGCUCACCCAAAUCCCUCUGGCUACAUCGGCACAACGCACUACUGGCCGCCCGAGGUGACGUGGGAAACCAAGCAAUUCUCCCCCGCAAGCAACGUCUGGGGAAUCGCAGCUAUACUGCACGAAUUGGCACAUAACUUCCCACCGAUAGUCGACCCCACGGUCGUGGAAGCGCAGUGGUUCGCAGCUCACAGCGAACCUCCCUUCCCAUCCACAUACUCGGACUCUCAAAAGAGAAAUUACUUGGCUACUAAGGCACCGAGACGUGUUAUUCCGAUUAAUCUUGAUACCUCCGCCAAAAUACCGAGUUUGCGUGACCCGAAGUUGGGGGGUGAGGAUAAGACGGCGCUUUGGUUUCGAAGGCGGAGAUCGAGUCCGAAGUAUUCGGAUCGGUUGAAUGAGUGUGUUAUGAAGGGGUUGGCAGAGGUGGAGCAGAGGGCUAGUGCUGAAGUAUUGUUCGGGUUGGCGGAAGGGGGGUAUAAGGAGAUUUUGGAGGAGGAACUGAAGACCCAGAUCAUGGGGAGAGGUGGUGCAGACGGGGAGAGGAGGUGAUGUGGUGAUGUGGGGAAUUCGGGGUUGAAGUAUAGUUUGAGCGGGAUCUCGACUUUAGCAUGUAAUGUACUGGAAAACAAGACGACUAGGUUAUUGGAGGG